UUGCUUCAGGACAAUGAUCCAAAGUCCAAACACAUGGAAAUCCAGAUUUCUAUGGUAGAUAUAAAAUAAAUCAAUUUUCUGGGAUUUGAGUACAGUCUUAGUUUAUGUAACAGCCCUAGAAGGUGAGCCAAAUGAGAAGAAGAAGAAGGAGAGGAGGAAGCUUAAGAAAGCAAAAGGAAGGAAUGAAGAAGAAGGCUGAACUGCCAAAGGAACGAGCUCAACAGAAACGACGUCGCAUGAAACAGCAGUUGGAGGGCGUUGAUCAUAGAUUCAGACGACGACGUCAUUCCGAGGCAAACGGUUGUUUUCGAUAUUCUGUUUGGCUGAAUAAAAUUGGAGUUUUGGGGAAUCAGUUAGAUUGUUCUCUAUCUCAGUUUUUCCCAAAGAGGGGAAAAGUUUUUCAUCACAAUAUAAUCAAGAGCACAUAUUUGUGAAAAUCAAGAUCAGGGGGUUUUGCUCCUUGGAGCAAAGCCAAGAAUUAACUAAAGAAAAUGGAUAGUAGCAACAUUAGCAAUGGCAGUAGCUUGGAUCAAAUGCUGUUGGAUGCAAAGUUGCAUCGUCAAGUCAAUGCUCUUAUUGUUGCUCAUCUUCGUGACAACAAUCUCAAUCAGGCUGCAAGAGUCGUUGCAUCAGCUACAAUGAUACCAUUGACUGUUGAAACUCCCCCUAUUAGGUUACUUGAAUUGGUUGCAAAGGGACUUGCAGCUGAGAAGGAUGAAUUGUUGAGAAGAGUUUCUUCAGCUGCAGCUAUUGAUCCAACUCUAGCUGCUGGAUAUGGCUCCAUACCAGCUCCUCUGGCAAUUUCUGUUGAUUUUAGUACUGCACAUGACACCAAAGGCUCAUCAAAAAAUUUUCCAAAACAAGAAACUCGACAUAUUUCUGAGCACAAGAGUAUUGCUAGAUGUGCAAGAUUUAGUUCUGAUGGAAGGUUUCUUUCUACCGAAAGUGCAGAAGUGUCAAUCAAACUCUUUGAAGUUUCAAAAGUAAAACAAAUGUUGCGGUCAGACUCAAGAGACAGCUCAGUGGGGCCAGUUAUACGAACAUUCUAUGAUCAUACGCAAUCAAUUAAUGAUUUAGAUUUUCAUCCUAAAAAUGCUGUUGUGAUAUCUGGGGCAAAAGAUCACACCAUCAAAUUCUUUGAUUUUUCAAAACCAGUAGCAGAGAGAGCAUUUAGAGUUUUUGAGGAUACUCAUAAUGUAAUGUCUGUGUCAAUUCACCCUUGUGGAGAUCAUCUUCUGGCAGGAACUGAUCACUCCAUCCCUCAUUUAUAUGACAUCAAUACUUUUCAAUGUUACGUGCCAUUACAUUUCCAAGACAUUAUUGUUAAUGGAGCCAUAAAUCAGGUUAGAUAUUCACGAAACGGUGGCAUGUUUGUAACAGCAUCCAAAGAUGGUGCUAUUCGGUUGUGGGAUGGCGUAACUGCCAAUUGUGUCCGAUCCAUAGAUGGUGCACAUGGAACAGAGGAAGCCACAAGUGCAAACUUUACAAAGGAUCAAAGGUAUAUCCUCUCAUGUGGAAAAGACUCUUCUGUGAAGCUUUGGGAAGUUGGGACAGGAAAAUUGGUCAAACAGUAUCUUGGAGCUGUACAUACGAAGUUGCAGUUCCAGGCUGUUUUCAAUGAUACCGAAGAAUUUGUACUAUCCAUAGAUGAAUCAAGCAAUGAGAUUGUUGUGUGGGAUGCUCUGACGACAAAGAAUGUAGGUAGAUUGCCCUCCAACCAUAUUGACGUUCCGCGUUGGAUUGAGCAUUCUCCAACUGAGGCAGCGUUUGUUUCAUGUGGAAUUGACCAGUCUGUACAGUUCUGGAGAGAAAAAGUAGUUUAGGUGUAAUGUAUGAAUAUGAGGAUUGAUAUCAUCAUUCAUUCAUUCUACACCAAUGAAAUAUGCUACAUUGAAUUGGCUGCAAGAUGAUGAACCACAACUACCUUGGGUGGAUGUUGUAGUGUACUUACUAAUCUUCGUCUUUUCCCUUUCUGCCCAAGAUUGUCUUUAUUGUAUUACAAGGCUGGUUUUGGGUCGUUAUAUACUCUGCAGGCUAGGGUUCCAUUAUAUUGAUAAUAGGAUAUGACUUUGUCACCCAGGGAUGGAUUAUGGAUAUAUAGUUUAAUGAGCUAGCUUGGUUGUAUCAAUACAAUACUCUUUCGAAUCAUUUACCCUUUUGCCAUGUGAAUAUUUUUUAAUCUUGGAUAAAAAAGUAAAACACUUUAAUGUCUUUA